AUGUUGCUUCUUCUAGUGUUCCUGGUGAAGAAAAUAGUGACUCUGAGCUGCCCUGCAAGUGAUGCUUUCCUUGUUCCACAUGAGUGGUACCAACCUGGGGACCUCAUCGUUGGUGGGAUAGUGUCCCUCACCUAUUAUAAUCUUUAUGAAAUUAACUUUAAGGAACAUCCUUAUAUAACAUCUUAUGACGCACAAAAUGUAAUAAUCAAAUUCUACCAGCACAUCCUUGCCUUGGCUUUUGCUGUGAAGGAGAUCAAUGAGGACUCCCAGAUCUUACCUAAUGUCACUCUUGGGUUCCACAUCUAUGACAGUUACUAUGAUUCAAGGAUGACCUAUCGCACCACUCUGGACCUCCUUUUCAAAUCCCAGGAAUUUGUCCCUAAUUACAAAUGUGAUCACCAGAAGAAUCUCAUGGCUGUCAUUGGGGGACUGGAUUUUGUCACAUCAUCUUAUAUAGCUGAAAUUACAGGAAUCUUCAAGAUUCCACAACUGACAUACGGCUCAUUAGCCCAAGAGGAAUUUCAGACCAGUAAGCUAUCUUCUCUAUAUUUCAUUGUCCCAAAACAGGACCAUCAGUACAUUGGGAUCAUCCAACUGCUUUGUCAUUUUAGGUGGACGUGGAUUGGGAUAUUUUCUGUUGAUAACAACAAUGGAGAAAAUUUCUUACAGAAAAUGCAGCCCUUACUUUCAGAGAAUGGAAUCUGCUCAGCUUUUAUAGAAAGGCUUCCUCAACAAUUCCACUUGGAAAGAUUACCAGAAUUGUAUCAAACAAUCUCCAUUAUUUCCUUUAAUAUGAUGAAUAGCAAAGCCAAUGUGUUUCUUGUCUAUGGAGAAGCCUGGACCAUUAUAUGGCUAAGAUUAGUAACAUUUCUGGUAGAUCCUGAAAGCAAGGAAACAGCAUUAUUAAGAAAGGUGUGGAUCAUGACUGCACAGAUUGAUUUUGUAUUAUCAGGUGUUCAAAUCAAAUGGGAUCUGGAGAUGUAUAAUGGGGCUAUUUCCUUCACUGUUCACUCAACAGAAGUUGUAGGUUUCAAGGAAUUUCUUCAGACCACAAAUCUUCUUUCAGACUACAGAGAUGGGUUUCGGCAGAAUGUUUGGGAACAAUCAUUUGAUUGUUCCUUUCCAAAACCAGAAUUAAAAAAAAUUCAGAGUAGAAAAUACACUGGGGAGAUGAAGCUGGAGGAUCUUCCUGCAUCUAUAUUUGAAAUGGAAAUGACUGGGCACAGCUACAGUGUCUACAAUGCUGUUUAUGCUAUGGCUCAUGCUUUGCAGGCUCUACACCUGUUGGGUUUCAAUAGGAAGAAAACUAUGAUGGGUAAAAAGACUGAUCUUCCAAAUCUGCAGGCUUGGCAGCUCCAUUCAUUUCUUCAAUGCAUUUCUUUCAACAAUUCAGCUGGGGAGAGAUUGUUUCUGAAUGAGAAAGGAGAAGCAAAAGGUGGAUUCGACAUCACCAACUUGAUCACUUUUUCGAACAGAUCUUUUCAGAGAGUUAAAGUUGGAAAGCUGGAUCUAGAGACUUUGAAAGGGAAGGAAUUAUUCAUUCAUGAAGAUGUGAUUUUCUGGAACCCAAAUUUUAACCAGGUUCCUCCACUUUCUCAGUGCAAUGACCCCUGUUUCCCUGGAUCCUGGAAGAAAUGGAUUGAAGGGGAUCAGUUCUGCUGCUAUGACUGUGUUCCCUGCCCAGAAGGGAAGAUUUCAAAUCAAAAUGAUAUGGAAGAUUGCUUUGAAUGUUCAGAAGAUCAUUAUCCAAAUCAAGAAAAGAAAGGAUGUAUCUUGAAACUGCUGCUCUUUCUAACUUUUGAAGAAACCUUAGGAAUUGGUUUAUCCUCAGCAGCUCUUGGUUUCUUCUUCUUGACAUCUUGGGUUCUUGGAACUUUUAUUAAGCACAGGGAUACUCCCAUUGUCAAAGCCAACAACCGGUCGUUAACUUAUACCCUCCUUGCCUGUCUUCUCCUCUGUUUUCUCUCCUCUUUGCUCUUCCUCAGCCAACCUGGCAAAGUGACCUGCCUUCUCCGGCAACCAAUGUUUGGCAUCACCUUCUCAGUGGCAAUUUCUAGUGUACUGGCCAAAACCAUCACUGUGGUUGUGGCUUUCAUGGCCACUAAACCAGGAUCUCAGAUGAGGAAAUGGGUGGGGAAGAAAUUGGCCUUUUCUAUUGUCCUUUCUUGCUCUCUCAUCCAAGUAGGUAUUUGUAUUCUUUGGUUGUCAACAUCUCCCCCAUUCCCUGAGUUGGACAUGCACUCAGAGCUCCAAGAAAUGAUUUUACAAUGCAACGAGGGUUCAACUUUCUUCUUUUAUUGUGUCUUGGGCUACAUGGGUAUCUUGGCCAUUGCCAGCUUUAUUGUGGCUUUUCUUGCCCGUAAAUUACCUGACAGCUUUAAUGAAGCCAAGUUCAUCACCUUCAGCAUGUUGGCCUUUUGCAGUGUGUGGAUCUCCUUCUUUCCAGCCUAUCUGAGCACAAAAGGCAAAGCCAUGGUAGCUGUGGAGGUCUUCUCCAUCUUGUCCUCCAGUGCUGCACUACUGGGAUGCAUAUUCCUGCCAAAAUGCUAUAUCAUUGUUUUCAGACCUGAAUUGAACUACAGGGAGCAGCUCAUAAAGAAAAAUUAG